UUUCUUCAUUUCAUUUAGGAACCUGAUGCCUCGGACACUGGACGGCCAGAUCACUAUGGAGAAAACCCCCAGCUACUUUGUCACAAAGGAGGCUCCUAGCCGUGUCUGCACUAUGAACUGCCAAACCAAGCUCAUUGUGGUGGUCAGGGAUCCUGUGACACGGGCUGUAUCUGACUACACCCAGACACUAUCCAAGAACCCAAGCCUUCCAUCUUUCCAAAGCCUGGCUUUGAAAAACUCCACCACAGGUCUGAUUGACACCACGUGGAGCGCUGUGCGCAUCGGCCUCUACGCCAAACAUCUGGAGAACUGGCUUCAGCACUUCCCCUUGUCUCAUUUUCUGUUUGUUAGCGGUGAGCGGCUGGUGUCUGAUCCGGCUGGGGAGAUGGGCCGGGUUCAGGACUUCCUGGGUCUGAAAAGGGUUGUUUCAGACAAACACUUCUACUUCAACCAGACCAAAGGUUUUCCCUGCUUGAAGAAGCCAGAGGGAAGUAGCAGACCUCGCUGCCUUGGAAAGUCUAAGGGCAGACCCCAUCCCCAGAUCCCUUCCGAGGUCUUGCAGAGACUUAGAGACUUCUACAGGCCCUUCAACCACCUUUUCUACCAGAUGAGUGGACAAGACUUAGGCUGGGACUAACAGGAGAGUCCUGUCAAAGCCCAGAUAAAAGCCACCCUUACUUUCUGGAGGGACUGACACAGGACUAACGUUCUCAGGGACGGGGUAGAGGAUUACACAGUCCACAAACUGAAUUCUGCCUCAGUGGUAUCAACAUGACAUGCAGCACAUGAACUGUUUUGUUGGAGAGUGGAAGCUGACAUGGAGACAGUGCUGCCAAUAUACCCUCAUAGUUAAUGGCUUAGUUAUUAAACCAUUAAUGUCAUGAAGUUAGAAGCAAACUAUGUACCAAAGGGUAACAUCAUUUUUCACUUGCUUUACGUUUUGUUUAUAAAAUAAGCUGAUAUUUAUAGUUUCUGUUGAUUUGAAUUUCAACAGUUUCUUUUAUGAAAAAGUAUUUAUUACACAACAAGGCAAAAAAUAAAACUGACUACACUUUUAUUGACAGGACAUUGGAAAAAAUGUCAUACGCCAUGAUAAACCACUAUUUCCUUUUAAUUAUUAGCAGUGUUACUUUGACUGCAUUUAUAUUUUAAUUACAUGUACUAUUUCCAAAUGCUAUAUAUCUUAAUUUGAUGUUGCAGGAUAUUUCUCAGUACAUUGCAGUUGAUAUACCAAUGAUACCUCAUCUGUAAAUAUUAAACAACCAUCAGAAACUACACAUACACACAUUCCAUCUGUAGAUAUUUAGCUACAUCACUAUUUUAAUAGCCUUGGACAGUUCCAACUGUAUCCGCUGUUACUCACUUAAAAUAAAUUACUGUUUUGAUCUGUGAUUAUUUUGAAUCAUUUACACGGUAUGUGUACACAAAGCACAGAGUGGUGUGUAUAAAAUCUAAUUCUGACUCAGAUUCUUUGUGUUAUGAAGUAAAGUUUUAUCUCACAUGA